CCUUACUCCAGUCCUGUAGGUGGCAGUGAAACACCUUCAGCUCUGAAUCAGGGAAAGAAGUGUUUCUCUACAGUGCCAUGUGUUUCGUGGUCCUGCACUAGGUUUGUAGACUCAGAGUGCUUACUGAAGGCCUUGUAGCCACUAACAGUUUUGGCCCACACAAUGCUAAGUGACAGUGAGGCGCAGGAGCUGCUCUCUUUCCUCCGACUGGACACGAGGGCAGACGUUAAGGGCCAGGCUACAGAGUACAUCCUCGGUCUGACAGGAACACGAGACGGCUGCCGCUACCUGCAAACCAAGCCUGACUUCCUCAAGGCUCUGGCCAAGCUCACAGCAGAUAUCUCUAUCGCCAUUGUGAAGGACUGUUACCAUUCCCUGGUAAACCUUUCAGCUGACGAGACACUGCACAAGCCCUUGGUGAAGGAGGCAGGUAUCUUACCUGUGCUGCUGAACCACCUCCUCGACCCAGAGUACGAAUUCUCUGACCGCAUCUGCUCUAUCCUCACCAACCUGUCCAGGCACGAAAGGACAUGUGUGGACGUGUUACAUGAGCUGCAGGAGCAGAAUAUCGGCAUGGCCAAAAUAGUGGAGAUCUUCUGCACUGAGGGCUUUAAUAAGAAAGCAUCUCUUCAUUACCUCGGGCCGCUGCUGUCUAACCUCACACAGUUACCUGAGGCCAGGCACUUCAUCCUGGACAGGGACAGGUGUGUGAUACAGCGGCUUCUUCCCUACACGCAGUACAAGGCAUCGGUCACCAGACGUGGUGGAGUCGUGGGCACGCUGCGGAACUGCUGCUUUGACCACUCCCAUCAUGAAUGGUUGCUAAGUGACGCAGUGGAUAUUUUGCCCUUUCUGCUGUUGCCCCUGGCUGGUCCUGAGGAGCUCUCUGAAGAGGAGAAUGAAGGUUUGCCUGUGGAUCUGCAGUAUCUUCCAGAAGACAAAAGUAGAGAGGACGACCCUGACAUCCGCAAGAUGCUUAUUGAGACUCUACUGCUGCUCACAGCCACUAAAGUGGGACGUCAGAUUCUGAAGAAGAAAAACGUUUAUCCCAUUAUGCGGGAGUUUCAUAAGUGGGAGAAGGAGCCACAUGUGAUUUCUGCCUGUGAAAAACUCAUUCAGGUUCUGAUCGGAGACGAGCCGGAGGCAGGGAUGGAGAAUCUAAUGGAGGUGGAGAUUCCUGAGGAUGUUGAGCAGAAACUGAAGGAAAUGGAGGCCAAGGAGCAGGAGCAGAUUGAGAAAGAAGAAGAGCUGCUCAAAGCGGAAAGGGAGAAGAGUUGCAGCUCGAAUCCUGAAGAGCUGGAGAGAUGACUGACAAACACACACACACACACACACACACACACACACACACACACCAGACACUGAGGAGUCAGUUUAAUAAGCCUGUCAUCCAAAAUUCUUCUUACUAAGGUCUUAGUGCUUUACUCUUCUAAUAUUAUUAUUAUUAUUAAGAUCUAGUAAAGUGGAUCAUGUUGAUUAAAAGAGAUACAUUUCUGAGUGUUGGCUGGACAUAAAAAUGACAUCUGUUUAAUUUUCUGUACACAUUGUAAUGAUAUGAACAUUUUUAUUAAAAUCCUGUUUAUUCCGU